UGUUUACCUGUUGUAAUUCGCGCUCAUUUUGAGUUUACUUCUAAUUUAUAUUUUUUAUUAUUUUAGUACUUAUUAUAAUUUACUUCAUAAUUGCCAAAUUGAAAAAAAACGAUUGUUCUCAAGUUCAAGAAAGAUGAGAAACGUUGAAAUAAAAGCGCGAGUUGACGACAUCAAAAGAAUUUGUGAACUUGCUGAAGAACUAAGCGGUGGAACAUUUAAGUUAAUAGAGCAAGAUGAUACUUUUUAUAAUGUGCCUAACGGUCGUCUAAAGUUAAGAAUAUAUGAAGACUCGUCUGCUACUUUGGUACGCUAUGAGAGAAAUGAUGAGGGUGGGCCUAAACUCAGCAAUUACGAUUUGUUAGAAUUCUCUUCAAAUGAAAAAGAAAAAUCUGUAAAGUUAGAUAAAAUGUUAAAACAAUGCUUGGGGGAGCGUGGUCGUGUUGUUAAAGAACGCAAACUAUACAUGGUUGGCCAGACACGAGUACAUAUAGAUACAGUUAAAGGUCUUGGAGACUUCAUGGAACUUGAAGUUGUUCUUAGACCGGAACAGACAUUGGAAGAAGGUCAGAAAAUUGCAGAAGAUUUGAAGACUAAACUUGAAGUUAAAGAUGAGCACCUUAUUGAAUGUGCUUAUAUGGAUUUGCUUGAAAAGAAGAGCCAUAAAACUUAGUUAUUUUAUAUAAAUUUUUACUUAUCCUUAUAAGGCAAUGCAUAAUUUGCUGUGAAACAUAAAUGUGCUGU